AUGAAGGCACUAGUAGCUUUAAUAUUGCUUGUUCAGCUUCCAAUUCACAAAGCUGUACCAGCCGCUCCUGCAGCUCCCCCUGCUCCCUUGGGCUGCGAUGACCCAGAAUCUGAAGCAGCAGCUGAAGUAGCUCUGAGUUAUAUUAAUGGCCACAGUCACCACGGAUACAAGUUUGCCUUAAACAGAAUCGAGAAUAUCCGCGUGCUACCCCAGGGGCUGAAUAAUGCUUUAAUAUUUCUUGAACUUGACUUAUUAGAGACCACGUGCCACAUUCUCAGCCCUACACCUCUUGCAAAUUGCACAGUAAGAAGCUUCACACAGCAUGCAGUUGAGGGUGAUUGUGAUGUGAAACUGCAGAAGCUGGAUGGAAAGCUCUCUGUACUUGCUAGUAAAUGCCACUCACAUGCAGACUCCAGCGAAGAUAUUCUCCAAGUCUGCCCUGACUGUCCUCUGCUGGCAAGUCUGAAUAACACCGAGGUGGUAACAGCUGUCACAGCUGCACUCAACGACCACAACAGCAAAACUCCUGAUGCUUACCUCAGACUCCUCGAGAUCGGAAGUGCCAAAAUACAGUAUCACCCAGUGCACGUUGUCUCCGUUGAGUUUGCUGUGGCUGCCACGAACUGCUCAGCAAAAGAAGCUAAAGAUAACGUGGAGGCUUGUCAACUGCUGCCUGACGAUCAGUCUAAUUUUGGUUUCUGCACAGCAACAAUGGUAACACGCCCCUCCCAGGACCUCAGCGUGGACUGUCAGCUCUACGGACAUCAGCCUGGAGUUACCUACACUCAACCAGGUCAAGAUACAUCAGCAGGGCUGGUGCCCAGCGUGGUACAAGGCCUCACAAACCAUAAUCUCAAGCUUUCCCACAAUAACCCAUUCGCAUCUGAAUCCGCUUCUUCAGAAUUUCCUUCUUCCGUGCUGUUAUCAAAAUCUGUAGCAAAGAGAGCAGUUGCAGAGGUUGCUCAGCAUGACAAAGUACCUCGUCCAGUUGGCUUUGUGCCUCCUCCUCCUCCAUGCCCUGGGAAGAUUCGCCAUUUCAAGAUAUAGGCUGUAUUGCAGACAUGGCAACACAGCUACUGAAGGAUCAGUGUGCAGCAGCAGCAUCAACACACAGACCACAACCUCAAGAGCAAA